UAUUAAUCUAUUUAAAUGAAUGACGAAUUUGAUUCCGCAAGUUGAGCAUUUAGACUGUAUCUUCUCCAAAAAGUUUUUGUUUCAAGAAAUAUUCAGAAAUGGAUAAAGAAGCUAAAAUUGAAGGCUAAAGUGAGGAAAAAUAAGAUCAUAAUUCGUUUAGUAAGAUAGUUCGUAUAGCUAGGACCAGUCAUGCAUCAAGAAUUACAAGUAAUACGUCUGCAUAAGCGGAAAAAGAGAGGUAUAAAUUGACUUGUUUAUCUUUUGUGAACUCAAAAAUCUGGUAAAAAAGAGGGAAAUAUUGUGGAAUGGAAGUGGAUCCGCCUCAAGCCUCAGAUCCCUUACCAGGUGCACGAAAUGGUGGACUUAAAAGAUGUAACAGUGCGCCAAUGAUUAAUUUGAUUCCUGAUACAUCGUCAAGUUUCACCCCUGUCUCGCAACCACUCAGCAGUUCCCACAAUGCAACAGCCCCAUUGAUUUCUCCCGUCAGUAGACCUCUUGAGAGACAGAGAACCCUAAGUGCCAGUAGCACCUCCCUCAACAUUACAACACCUCCAAUAAGGAUCCCAUCCAGAUUGAUACAAAUAAAACAGGAAGAGACUACCAAUGUUGUCAACAGAGAAGUUGCUCAUGAAAGGGAGGUCCAGUCAAGCAUGCAAAUUGCCCAAUCAUGGGAUGAGUUUAGCCUGGAGGACUCAAUGAUGACGGAAGCUAAAAGACCGAGAUCUUUCAGCGAACAGCUACAUAUUUUCACUUCACCUUUCCCGCUGUCCAGCUCGCCAUCACCAACCAGAGUAGGAAAGCAAUGUUUCUCGCCAUCAGCUGGUCUGCCAAUUAAGGAUCACACUCUACAUACAAGCCCCACUCCCAGCCCUACAAGACGCAGUUUUGUCAGAAGAAGUCUGUCUCCUAUAGCCAUGAGGCCCAAUGCUGUAGGAAUGAAACGGAAAUUGGACACAGAGUUGUGUGAAUAUAUAAGCCCCGCUAAAAGGUUCAACAAUGGGCCAUUCACCCCAGAGCGCCUACUAACCCAUCACCCCCUUAUGAACAGUAUCUCAAGUAGCAGUUUCGAAGACUCAGACCCAAAUGGAGCUAGGGAAUCCAACAAUUCAUCCACCUCUAGUUUCGUAUCUAAUGACUCUGGCACUUCAAUGACGCCACAAACAUGCUUCACAUUUUGCCCAGUUCAAAAUAAUCGAAAUUCCGAGAGCCAAAAUUCUGAAAUGACAGACGUAUCUGAACCUGAACAGACACGGCAGGAUGACUCUGGGAAUCGGCCUCAAAAACCUACACCAAAAACGAUAUUCAAGUUUGGUCAAGCAAGGGAAACUCAAGUUUAAGUGCUUAAGGCAUGUGGUGAUUACAAACUAUUUAUUUGAGAAUGUCGGACAAGGUGGCUUUAAAAGCCCUGUGCCAAGCAAAGGUGAUCUGCCCAGUAACUUCGCACUACAUCAACCCUGAUUCAGAUUGCAUUCUGAUCAUUCGUCCCUCUCAAGAAUAAUGCUUUGAUACCAUUUUAGUCAUUUUUAUUGGAAAUUUUAUGAUAAAUGAGUUCUGAGAAUAAUACUCACUCACAAUACUGUUUUUCUGCAUGGUAAUAAAAAGCCAUAAUUCAAAGAGAAGGGAUGAUACAGUAACACUGUUCUCAUAGAAUUGCGGUUAACAAGCUUAAGACAGACAAAAUUGAUGUCAUCAUGCCAUUGUUUGAUUGAAUUGAAUUGAAUUUUUAAAUUCCAAGGAGUUAGCAUGAACAUCAUGUCUGAUUAGUGGACAGAUCGUUUUGUCUUUUUGAAGUUUUUAGGGUAUGUUUUGGAUUAUUUUCUCACCCAGAAAAAUAUAUGUUACAGUUAAUUGUAAAUGAUAUAUGAAAACCCAAUAGUCACAAGUCACCUGGGCCUUUCAUAAGAAGCCCACUAAAUCAAGAAAUUACUGGGUUUCUAUUUUUAGGCAUGGGGGCAUUAGAUCACAGGGCCACCUAUAUUUGUUGGCUGAAAGCUCGCAUCUGUAUUUAGACUGAACAGGUAUCAGAAAGGGAUGGACCAAUGAAAAUCCAACUUUGUUUUAUUCACUUUGACGAUAAUCUGAAAUUUGAUUGGUUCAUCCCUUAUAUGGGCAUAUGAUGCAAUAUGUAAAUAUGAUUGUAGAUAAAGACGAGAGAGUUGAAAAUGCACAUGUACAGAAUAUAAAGUAAAUCAAAUAUCAUAUUUAUGAAGAUAAAAUCUUAACAUAUAACCGAUAUGUAAGUUAUUUCUAUAAUAUAGCUGAUGUAAAUCAUUGCCAUAUGUCAUAUUCAGAUGAUAGAAUCUAAUCAAUUGUGUCGGUUUAAUGAAUGGUGUCUUAAAUCAGCAGUUGUAAUGGGGGGAAGAUUUGUUGAAUAAUUGAUUUAUUUUUGACCCAGAAAUAUGAGUAAAUCAACCAGAUUACUUCACUAAAGUAGAUGGGUAGGGAGGAGAUACUGAAAGCAAUAAGCAGUACUGAAAUUAAUGGAGUUUUCAGCAGCUGCUGACAUUUCGACACCUCGGCUAAAAUCAACAUAAGAAUUAGACUCAAACCUUUGUUUAAAGGUCAAAAGCUCUUUAAGUUCUAUGUUUUCAUUGCUCUUUUUGUAAAAGUGUUGAGUUUCUUAACUUCAUAUAUCAUCAAUAAAUGGGUAAUGCAUACAUUUAAACAUAUUUUAGUAAAUGCCUGACUCGGUGUAAUAUGAUUAAUGUACACUCCCCACAAAAUGUUGGCAACCAAUUAGUUUCCAUUGAAAAGCCUGUUAAACCCUGCUCAUGUUUGUAAUGUAAUUUUUUCCUAUCGUAAAUUAGGAUGAAAAUUGAUAAGUUUUAUGAUUUUUUUAAAAUCAAACAUAAGUAGACUUUAACAUGGCCCAAGUUGCUGUUUUCAAACUUUUUAGGGGGAGUGUAGAAUAAAGCUUAUAUUUUUAAUAUAUGGUGCAAGAUAUGAUAAACAUAUUUUUAUUUGAGAUAUCCUUGAAUAGAACUUGUUUUUUUCUGAGAUUUUAUCAUAUCAGAAUGACUAGUAAAAUGUAAUUUUUU